ACACGUCCCGACACCACCCUGAACAGGCCCACCAUGUCCACCAAGGCCGCCCCCAGAGGCGUCAUCCGCCGUCUCAUCAACGCUGUCCAGCACUCAGCGUGCCCCUGCCAUGGAUGCCGCUCUGGCGGCGUCCACAAUCCCAUGCAGGCCAUCAACCAGAUGAGAAAGUACGCGACUCCGGUGGACAUGCCGCCGCCUGAGAAGGAAUACGCGUUUGAGGUCGCCGCUGCGAACCUCAGGUUCGGAGAAGGCGUUACGCGCGAGGUUGGCAUGGACUUUAAGAACAUGAAAGCGAGGAAGGUCGCCGUCUUUACAGAUCCGAAUGUCAAGGAUCUACCUGCAAUGAAGAUGGCUAUAGCGUCCCUUGAGUCGCAGAAAGACCUUGCCUUCGAGGUUUAUGACAGAGUCGUUACAGAACCCACGGAAGCGAGUUGGCGGGAUGCUAUAGCUUGGUCGCGGAAGCAUGACUGUAGCCAUUUCCUUGCUGUCGGAGGCGGAAGUGUCAUGGAUACUGCCAAGGCUGCCAACUUAUUCACUGUUUACAAGGACGCUGAUCUCUUCGACUUCAUCAACGCCCCAGUCGGCAAAGGUCUUCCAAUUGCAGAAAAGCUCAGGCCAUUGAUCGCCGUUCCUACAACUGCAGGAACUGGCGCUGAAACGACCGGAACGGCUAUUCUCGACAUUACAUCCAUGAACUUCAAGACUGGCAUCGCAAACCGCGCGCUCAAGCCCACUCUCGGCAUCGUGGAUACUCUAAACACACGCAGCUGCUCCCGAGAGCUGCAUAUCAGCGCAGGCCUGGAUGUUCUCUUCCACAGCCUGGAAAGCUACACCGCCAUUCCUUACACGGAGCGCACUCCCCGGCCGGCGAAUCCUAUUUUGCGACCUGCGUAUCAGGGUAGUAAUCCAGUCGCUGACGUCUUCUCCAUGUGGGCAUUGAGGACGACAGUGGAGAUGCUGCCUCGCGUCGCAAAGGAUCAAAGUGACCACGAAGCUCUGAGACAGAUGCUUCUCGCAGCUUCGUUUGCAGGUAUCGGGUUCGGUAAUGCUGGUGUGCAUUUGUGCCACGGCAUUAGUUAUCCUAUCUCUGGUUUGAACAAGACAGGACCGAAGUGGCAGCACCCCGGAUAUAACGUUGACCAUCCGAUUAUCCCUCAUGGUGUCUCCGUCGCCCUCACUGGUCCUGCUGUCUUCCAAUUUACGGCCCCCUCAGCCCCCUCACGCCACCGUGAGGCCCUCGCAAUCCUCAGGCGCACCACGUCCUCCGACCCGUCUAUCGCGUCUAUUCCCGAUCCCGAGGUUGGCGCGUACCUGUAUGAGGCAAUCGCGCAGUUCCUCGACGGCAUCGACGUUCCCCGCGGACUCAAAGCGGUAGGCUACACCAACGCGGACAUCCCGAGGCUCGUCGAAGGCACGCUGCCUCAGCGGCGUGUGCUCGAUCUCGCGCCCGGUGUUGGUGAUGUCGCUGGCGAGGAUGGCCGGGAACAUCUCACGCACAUCAUUGAGCAGUCCAUGUCCUACUAGUGGCAUGCAGAGAGCUUGGAAUCCGACUGUCUUGUACAAUACCAAAAUUGACUUGGAAUUUUUCAUAUCUGCUGUC